AUGCCUGGCCCCAAACAAGCACAAAUCACCAAAACACAGUCCCUGUUCUCCUUUGGAGCUUGCCGUCUUCGAGACAUGAAGAGGACUAGUACACGAUUAGCUAUGAUAUAUUCAAAGUACUGUGUGAAAGGUCAGGUUAGUGUGGUGCAAGUGACCGUCCCAGACAGUCUUGUGACCGUGACUGUUGGAUCUGAUGUCACUCUCGUCUGCAUCUAUACCACCACUGUGGCCUCCCGGGACAAGCUUUCCAUCCAGUGGUCUUUCAUCCAUAAGAAGGAGUUGCAGCUAACUUCCCACAGCCCGUGCCUCAGUACUGAGGGUAUGGAGGAAAAGGCAGUCAGUCAGUGUCUAAAAAUGGCGCAUGCAAGAGACGCUCGGGGAAGAUGUAGCUGGACCUCUCAGAUUUACUACUCUGAAGGUGGACAAGGUACAGCCCUUGGGCAAUUUAAAGAUCGAAUUGUAGCGUCCAAUGCUCCAGGUAAUGCGUCUAUCACUAUCUCGCAUGUGCAGCCAACAGACAGUGGAAUUUACGUCUGCGAUGUUAACAACCCCCCUGACUUUGUCGGCAAAAACCAAGGCAUCCUCAACGUCAGUGUGUUAGUCAAACCUUCUAAGCCCUUUUGCAGCAUUCAAGGAAGACCAGAAACUGGCCAUACUGUCUCUCUUUCUUGCUUCUCUGCUCUUGGAACACCAUCCCCUGUGUACUACUGGCAUAAACUUGAGGGAAAAGACCUUGUGCCAGUGAAAGAAACCUUCAACCCAGCCACUGGGACUUUGGUUAUCAGAAAUCUGACGGUUUUAAAACAGGGUUAUUAUCAGUGCACUGCUACCAACAACCUUGGCAAUAGUUCCUGUGAGAUUGAUCUAACCUCUUCACAUCCAGAAAUUGGAAUCAUCGUUGGGGCCUUGAUAGUUGUCUUGGUAGGUGCUGCCAUCCUCAUCUCUGUUGUGUGCUUUAUAAGGAACAAGGCAAAGGCAAAGGAAAGGAAGAGAAAUUCUAAAACCACCAUGGAAUUGGAACCAAUGACAAAGGCAAACCAAGGUGCAGAGAGUGAAGCAAUGCCAACUGAAGACAUUGUCCAGCUAGAAGCAACCCUGCCACCUUACAUUCAUGAGAUGGACCCUGCCACCCUCCUGGAGCCAGACCAUGAGCCUAACCUGGAACAAGAGUCUGCCCCAGAGCCUGCCCGGGAGCCUGUUCCAGUGCCUGAGCUUGAGAUCGAGCUGGAGCUGGAGCAGGAGCCAGAACGGGAACUGGAGCCAGAGCCGAGCCAUGAGAUUGUAGUUGAGCCCCUACGUCAUGAGGAAAAAGGGAGUGGCUAG